GUACACUAUCUGCAAGGUUUGUAUAAACCUUACAGUUCUGGAAGUACCGUAACCUACCAUGCAUACUGCUCAGGUGCAUGCUCAGUUGGGUCAGACAUGUACAAUGUAUCAACUCUAGCUAUCCAGGGUCAGCCAAUGGAAAGUACUGACUGCAGGUACAUGUAGGCAUACUGUACAUAUAGUCCAGGCAACUGGCCCUAAUCUGGAGCUUCAAGCUUAACUGUGGGCUUAAAUGUGUUUGUUUUCUUAUAAACAUUUUCUUAUAUCACUGACUUUAUUAUGUUUGUAGUGUAUAUUCAUCACCUCGCCAUCAUUUUUGUAGUUACAGUGAACUUAGCUCUACCGAGCUGAGCAUUAGUUUUCCUCUUUUUCAAAUUUUGGAUGGGAUCGGUCUACUGAUUCCGUCCAAAAUUCAAAAAGAGGUCCAAAAUUGGAAAAAGAUUAAUACUAGCGAUACCGUCCAAAAUUUGAAAGAGGAAUACUAACGUUUCACUCAGUAGAGCUUGAGUGAACCCCUAUCACCCUUGCCCCACUCCUCAUCAACAUCAAGCACAGGCCCAAGAAGUAAACAGUAAAUGAGUUUGUGUACAUUUAGAAGGGACCAAAGAAAUAGCUUAAAGAACAUGUGCAGCAAAGAUUGUAACAAGGCAGAAUUUAAUACUGCACUGUUUAAAAGGACUGAAUGGAUGGGAACCAGUUUCACCAAAUGGAACUUGGAAAUUGUUCACAGGUAGCGCAGACUCAUGCAGACAUUGCCUUAAUUUCUUUAGCACACAUAGAGUGUUUGUGUGCGUAUACGUUUCUGCUUACCCAUGGAUAAUGAACUACCAAAGUACAUGUUGAAACAUGUAUGCAAAAGAAAAAGUAAAAAUGGACAGCACUUCUGACCGUCACCGUGCGAUCAGGCUCCAGUGGAAGAGAUUCUUUGUCUUCAGCGUCUGCUACUUCUUGUGCUUCACCGCAUUCCGGGGUCUGCGGGAUCUGCAAAGUACUCUCAACAGUGCCGAGGGCGCGGGACUGGCUAGCCUGGCCAUACUCAAUGUCUGCUGCGCUGUAGCCGGCCUGCUGGUGCCGGCUGUCAUCCGCUCUAAGUUGGGAACAAAGUGGAGCAUGGUGCUGGGGAUGAGUCUGUUCACGUUGUACACGGCAGGUAAUUACUUCACCAAUGCCUACUUGCUCAUCUUCACUGGGACAGUCCUCGGCAUUGGUGCUGCCUUUGUGUGGGUUUCCAGGGGAACCUAUAUUACAGCUGUUGCUAUGGAGUUAGCCGCAGUGAAUCAGAGAGAUCCAGCAGCCGACGUAGCACUUUUGCAUGGCAUUUUCUUUAGUGUAUCUCGUUCCAGCACGGUAUGUGGCAACGUGAUAUCGUCUCUGGUUUUUCAGAAAGGAUGGCAGUUGAUGGACCACGACGAACCUUUUGACCUGGGAUUUUGUGGAAUACAUGCUUGUGGAAGUAGUGACAUUGCCAACAGCACCGGGGCUCUUGUUCCCCCUGACCAAGGAAGUCGCAAUCUGCUGCUCUCAAUUUAUGUUGGCUUUGGGAUACUUGCGGUAGUCAUUGCCGUAGUCUGUCUGGAGAGAGUACCACCAAAAGCGUCUCCGGACACCGACGCAGGAGAGGUGGUUUCUACAAGCAAGGAGCUAUUCCAUGGCAUGCUGUCCACGUUGUGCUUGAUGAGACAGCCCCGGAUGGCCCUGCUGAUUCCGUUGCUGGCUUUUGGUGGUGUUGACGUGGCUUUUACCGCUGGCCACUUCACAAAGUUUUUUAUUGGCUGCACGCAAGGCAUUCAGGCUGUUGGCUUCGUGGGGGUAUCCAUGUACGUCACGGCAGUGGUCAUCUCGCCUGUGAUGGGCCGAUUGAUGAAGUACACGGGCCGUGUGCCAGUCUUCUUUGCUGGGGCAGCUGUUUAUCUCCUCCUGCUGCUAGUCAUGGCACUGUGGGAUCCAGAAAGCGGCCAACUGUGGCAUCUUUUCGCCAUGGCCUCCGGACUUGGGUUCCCAAGGGCAACCAUUCCUACCAUCGGAUCAAUUCUUCUUGGACUUCUCUUCCCGGACCAGAAGGAAGCGGCAUUUGGCAAUCUCUGCUUCUGGCAGUCCCUGGGUUUUGCCUUCAUCUCCAUCCUGGGGGUCACUGAGGCUGUCUGUGCCAGUCAUGUGAUCGCCGUUACAGUAGGGGCGCUGUUGACAGUUCUUGUUCUCUACAGCAUACUAGAAUUUAGAGUCCAUCGAGACAAGCGCCGGCCCAGUGAGAGGGUUCAGUAUGUCCCCGCUGGCACUGAUAUGGACUCUGGAGGCCACAAAGAGGGAAGGCUGGACACAGGUCUUGGAGAAACCGUAAAUGAAAUGGAUCAGUGAUAGCUUACGGCCAACCACCAGGAGGAAGCAGGAUUAGAGAGGCGAGUGCGGCUGAUCUCUCUCCUUUAAUAAUGUGAAUUGUCAUGAAGAGGAGAAAUCCUGAAGAGUUAAUUCUUUCAUACAUUUUUUUUUUUUCCCAGAGGUUACAAGAUUUAUUUUGCAAACUUUUAUUUUGGGUGUAUCUUACUACAUUUUAAUGCGUCUUUUCUAUUAACUUUUGUAAAGGUAACAAUGGAAAUAAGCCAAGGCUGUAUCUUUUGGUGGUAACAAGAUUUUAUUUUCUAACAACGUGCAUGACAUAUAUUUUGGAUAUAUUUUCUUUAUGGCUUUUAUUGCAUCCAUUUUGUAUCGAUAUUUAUUUUUUAUAUUUUUGGGUGUAGAAGAGUAGAAAUAUGAUGCUUACAGGAAACUUUCUUGUUCAAGGUUGUACUCAAAUAGGGUCACCACAGACAAAUCGAUGAACGAGAAGGCUGGCCGAGGUAGCUACGAAGUUAGCCUGAUCAAGUGCAACGAGGAUUUGCGUACCCUCGCAUUUUCCGCCAUUAUCUCUGGUGGCUCAUGAACUCAAAGUGUACGGUGUUCAAUAAACACAGAGGUUGGAAGAUAUGAGUUGUUAUCCGGCUUGUCUAUCUGAGAAAUAGACAGGGAGUUGGGUUCGCAGAGUGCUUUUCUCCCUCGCCUUUCACCUCUGCGGCCUGGGUACUAUUCCCCGUUCGGUUAGCUUGGGCUUUUCAGUCCCCACUUGAUUCAAUGGGUUUCACGGAGAAUAUUCUGGGGGUUUCUUCCCACCAAUAAAACUUGAACUGCUUCUUAUUUCCACCUUUCUUUAGGCUUACAAACUGCAGCACAGUGUACUUAGAGUGCUCAUUAGGAAUGUUUGGUUUCGUUACCGGAAAUAAGUAACAACGAACAAAAACAACUAACAGCGAACAGUUGACAGCAAACUAAAUGCCAACAACCAGCGACAACCAAUAAUAAAAAGAACAAGCAACAACAGCAAUCUCGGCAAGCAACAACUAAACAACCAACAGCAAUAGCAACCGUACAUGUACAACAAAUUGGGCUCUCACAGUGGCUUGGUUCUGCAGUUGCCGUGGCCUUUGGGACAUUUUCAAGACCAUGUUUGGAUGAACCUCCCUCCAAGUUGGUCAUUUUGUGGCAAAUUAAAACGGCUGAGUGGACAUUGUCGCACACCAAUCCCAUGGUAGCAGAUUCAGAGGUGGAAGCCAUUUCAGUGACACAUAAUUUCAGUACGGGGAGGUGGAAGUAAAGUAGGCCACUCAAUAUACCCAGCAAGAUUUGGGACGGAAGGGUACCCCCCACACUCCAAUCCCAGCUACACACCUUAGAGCAGUGUUGGAGUACUCGUACUCGGUACAACUUAUUUGGACUUGGCCCGUACUCUAUUCUAUGUAAGCGAAUUUUGCAUGUACUCGGACGUCAAGUAUACUCGAGGGUAUAAUUUGAGUACAGCGGUUAAUCGAUACCUCGCGAAUGCAUCUCAGGGUUUCCUUAUGUACUAAAUUAAGUCUUUGGUAAAGGUUUCUGCACAGGUACUCAUCAGCCACAUUGUUUGGUUAGAACGGUAAAAAUAACCAUUGCCAGUUUAUGCAUCGACAUUUUGACAUGAAUAAAAGGUGUGAAUAUCCACAUGGUCAUGCAGAUUUAUGUUGCAUGAAGACCAUGUGCCUGUGUAA